AUGCCAGUAGAUAUUGACGGCCGCUGGCCAUCAUGCCUUUCGCCAUUCGUUCGUCCGUUGGUCGGUUGGUCGUCGGUCGGCGGGCCGGCGGGCCGGCAUUAUCGACGCCGGCGAUAUGACCCAGAUUUGCCGUUGCCAUUCACGUCUCGCGAUGCGGUGUGCAAACGCUCGAUGAUGCAAACCUCCUCGCCGCCACAACCGUCACCUCCGCCAACGCUAUCGACCGAAGGGCGACGUCGCUCGUAG